CCGAAAUUAUUUUUUAACAUUUUAUUUAUUUAUUUUGAAGUAAAACUUUUAACUAACCUUAGACUUGGAAGUAAAGGACGCGUGAGAUAGUUUAAACAAAAAAGCCAAAAUUUUUAAAACAUAAUUAAUUAAAUGACAUCCGAAAAUUGAAUUAAUUAAUAUAUUGCCUUACUUUCAUUUCCGGGCAGCCCGAACUCAACGGUCAUUUAACACGAUGAAUUGAUGAGUAAGCUGCCCGUCUUGCCCGAUUCCUGACUGGGAAAAAUGACGGGCAGUCACUCCCAAUCCCCAGUACUCUCUUUCUCUUCCUCCCUUUUGCUUCUGCUAUAUCUUUUCUUCCUCUCCAUGUCUCCUUGAUCACGAUCCGACGGUCCACAAUGAACGCUUAUCCUUUUGCUUGUUUCCUCUGCUUUUAGUCCUGCAAAUCCUCAGAUCUACUUUCGCCUCCCUCCUAAGCUUCUCUGUUUUCUCCUUUCCUUUUGAUUUUAGCUCUGCAAUUCCUCAGAUCUACUCUCUCCGCCUUCCGCAUCUUCGUUUCUCGGUUGCCUUUAGGUUUAUCGUUGGCCGUAGUGAAAUACUGAAGUUGCCCACAGUUCGAUGGCGGUUACGGUUAGUUACGUCGCGCUAACAUGCGCCGGUGAAACUCUAGCUUCCAUGUUCUUGUCGGCUCUUGUCAAUACCCACCUUGUAGCUCUGAACUCCUUUACAUUGCUGGUGGCUAACAAACCUGGAAUCAAGGGUGACCAUUCCCAAAACCAGCCUAAGCUGAAGGACGCCGAUGGGGAAGAUAAUGAUGACGGCAAUGAUGAUGGCGAUGAUGGGGGUGGUGAGUUUGGAGAUGGUGAAGAAGAGCUGUCCUCGGAAGGCGGGGAUUAUGGCAACAAUGGUAAUAGCGAGAAGAACAAUCCAAAGAAAGGACUGGGAGAUGGUGCGACCGGGGCAGAACAAAAUGGAGAAGACGAAGACAAUGAAGAUGGAGAUGGUGAAGACCCUGAGGAUGAGGAUGAGGAUGACGACGAGGAUGACGACGACGACGAUGAUGGAGAGGAUGAGGAUGAAGAGGAUGUUGAAGAAGAAGAAAAUGAAGAUGAGGAAGAAGAAGAUGAAGAUGAGGAAGCCCUGCAGCCACCCAAGAAAAGGAAGAAGUAAAUUGUUAGGAAAUAAGUUGAAGCCUCCUCCAUUAAAAAAAACCCUUUUGGUUUAGGUAAACUGGUUCAUCUAACACUAUGUGAUGUUUUAUUUAGGCAUUGAGGAGGAUGCUGUUUAGGGUUAAUGUUUUUACGCAUUAUAUAUCAUCACACUUCAUUUUCCUUUUCCAUAAUUAGAGUACUGUUAGAAGUAUUUGAACAGCGGCAAAAAAGAUUCUAUUGAAAAAAAAAAUGUAUGAUUCCGGCCGCUUCUCAUUAAUGUUAAUGGAUAUGAUAGUUUUGCUAA